AUGCCAGUGGUGAUAGAAAUCAAAGAGGGUGAACCUGAAGAGUGUGGUAGAGCAUGCGUGUGCCGUGUACCCAAAUCCUUGUGUUCUGCGAAGCCAGAAGCUUUCACCCCUCAAUUUGUGGGCCUCGGGCCCUACCAUAGUUUCGAUGACAAGCUCACCAUGACACUGGAACUCAAGUUAGCUGCAGCCAAGAGGGUCUUCAAGCACGCCUUCGAAAUCCCCAUCUCCAAAUCCAUUUAUGAACAUUUAUACCACGCAGAUGCGUUUCAAAAACCUGAAAGUUCUUACGCUCUGGCGCAAGAUGGCCUUUUCCUUCUAGCUUUACUUCACUGGAGUGCCGAUGCCGAGCCUCAACAACACUAUAGCUUCUUAACCGGAAGACAAGGCCUUCCCCUGGUCAACUCUUUUGGUCUAGAGUUGACCAUUGACGCUGUUAUCAGUGAUGUUUACAUGCUCGAGAACCAAAUUCCCACUCCUGUCCUUCACCAAGUCAACCAAGCCUCCUUCUGCAAGGGCAAAAGCGAAAGUGAUGAAAUUCAACCCCAAGAAGAUUUGGGAGCAAAAAUGCAAAGUUUAUGUGAAAAGCACUGUCCACUUGUCCACUUACAACAACUCUCCAAAAAGCCACAAGAGUAUGAUCAUUUGUUGGAUCUCAUGUACCAUUUCAUUGUACCGGAUGAGAAACCUAAAAUAGACAGCGGAAACAGCCAACUUACGAUUUCUCAAUCCAACCAAGAUAGUGUGUUGAUUUAUCAUUUGCUUGGUUUCAUAAGCCCACUGUUUGAAUCUAAUCCACAGUCCUCUACGGAUGAAGAAGAAGGUAACAACAGCAGAAGAAACACAUGCUGUUCCAGAUGCUAUUCCUUGUGCUUGGGAUUCUUUUCCGUAUGUCGUGCCAUUUUAGGUUUCUUUCUGCUGUUUAUCUGCUUGAUUAUAUUUUUUGUUUGGGAACUUAUAAGGCACAUUCCAGCGUUAUUUAUGCGGGCGUUGCGUUCUAUUUAUGAUCUACUAAAAUACGUGUCAAGACUCAUUCAGCCUACGGUUGAUAGUUUAUAUGGUUCCUUAUCAACCCGUCAAAGUCAAAACCAACUCCUCAAAUCCGUUACAUUGCUUGUCGGAGGAGUUAAGCGAGCAAGUGAAGAAAUUUUGCGGGACAAGAAUCUGGACAAGGAUGUUCGCUCGGUUGCAACAAUCCCAUCUGUGACGGAACUCCACAAAGCUGGGAUUGGGUUUCAACCUGCCAAAUUAGGAGGAAUCUCAGGCAUUGAAUACGAUGAAGGAACGUGCAUGUUUUCUUUGCCUAGUAUCAAGUUGAAUGUCAACUCAGAAGUGAUCAUGAGAAACCUGAUGGCUUACGAGUCAUUAAUUGAUUCCAAAAGACCCUUAGUGUUUUCAAGGUACGUUGAAAUAAUGAGAGCUAUUAUUGGCACUCGUGAGGAUGUGAAGCUGUUGGUACAAAGGGAAAUCAUUCAGACCGAGCUGAGUGACCAAGUCGUCGCGGAUCUUUUCAAUGGGAUUAGCAAAUCGAUUAGGCCUACCAACACUCAAGAUCUGGAAAAAGUGAUUAAGAAAGUCAACGCCAAGUACGAUGAUUCCCAGAAGGUUAAUAGGGCCAUGGUCAAGUACGUGUAUUCUGCAGAGAAAUUCUAUACGUUUGUUGCUGCUUUUGUAUUCUUGGUUCUAACUGCUGUGCAAGCCUAUUGCUCCGUAUAUAGUUGCCAUCGCAGCUCAAGAUAUACCAAGAUGCCUUCGGAUGGGGAUUAUAAUUACAAUAGAGAUCAUUAUUUCCUCAGUUCUUUGUAA